CCCUUCCUCCCCCCCUCCCCUCCCCUCCUGUCUCUCUCCCUGUCUUUCCGAAUAUCUCUCUAUCUCUCGCUUUUUUUUCUCUCCCACCCUGCUUCGCCUUCCUCAGCGUCCUCCCUUGACAGAGAUGGCGUGUACUGGCGCUUGUAAUAAGUCGUCCGGGGCCUAGAGCUCACCGAGGAAGGGUCCACUAGCACCCGUUAUUCGUCUCAAGGAGCCUCGCUGGAUUUCUAUUUCUGCUGGCGUCCACCUGCUCCGCAGUCCGCCGACCUAGGCGGCCGGUUUAUGGGAGCCGGGAUCUCUGGGUUGCGAGGGAAUCGACGCCGACCUUCGCUGGAGCGCGGUGGUGCAUAUUAGCUAUGCCAAGCCUCGGCAUCCUAUAACCAUCUGGAUAUCUGGGGUUUCCGCCUAUCCGUCCAUCUGUCUGGUCUGUCCGUCUCCGCCCCCCCCCCCCCCCCCACCGCCACAGCGUGCGGGGGCAACACAGGAAUGAAAAUCUGCGAUCAUGAUGCAAGGACUGAAAAACCGAACGAGGAAGGUUUUGGGGUUACGGAAGAGAGACAAGGACUCGGACUCCACGAGCUCACCUGACAAAGAAGGAAGUGGAAGUGGCGGGAAGAAAGGAAGCGUGAAAGGCCAACGGGCUCCCAAUGGCUUCUACGGGGAGAUCGACUGGGACAGAUAUGCCUCUCCAGACGUUGACGAGGAGGGCUUCAGCCUCCGACCAGGGGAGGAAGGAGAGGCAGCUUCCAGGGCCAAGCAGUUCUUCUCCUCCAGCGAGUCGGAGGACGAGGAGGAGAGCCGCAGGAAGUUCAAGAUCAAGAUCAAGCCGCUGGCGUCGGAGAGCGUCCACCGUGGAGCGCCGUCGGUGGACGAGCUGAAGGCGUCCGUGGGAGGACUGGCCCUGUCCCCCGCCCUGGGUCAGAUGAAGAGGAAUCUAUCUUGUGAGGAGAUCGCCCGACCCAGACGAUCCACCCCCACACCCAGCCCUGCCCCGGACCACCCCAUUCACAGACUGCACCAGAACGUUCCCUCCUUCUUCGGGCUCCCUCCCGAGCCCAGCUACCCAACCUACGACGCCCCUCCCCCGCUGCCUCCAAAGAACCUCCCCAUCUCCAGUCGCUAUGGUUACCCCUCGGACCCCCCCGUCGACCCCCCGAAAGGGGGAGGGGUCUCCCGAAGCUCCGCCCCCAUCUACCUGAACAUCCAAUCGCCCGUCUCCUUCCAAGACUCCCCUGACGAGGUGUUCGGUGACCCCCCCCCGCUGGGCGACGACGCGGCCGCCUCCCGCUGGGUGACCUUCGGCAGCGAGAGACCGCCCCCCCCCGAGUCUCCUCCCCCCGACACGCCCUCCUCCAGCCCCUCCCCCCCCUGCCUCUCGCCCGGCCCGCCCCCUAGCGAGCCGCCCCCCUCCCCCCCCCCCUUGUCCUCCGACGGGUCUCCUCCCUCGCCCCCCCCCUUCUCCCCCCCCGACUCCCCCCCCUCCCCCCCGGACCAGCCCGCGCCCCCUCUCCCGCCCGACUUCUCCCCCCUCACCCUCCGUCCGGGGGGGCUGGACGAGGAGGCCUUCGACGAGGAGGUGCGGGACGCCUCGCCGCCCCCCCCUCGCAGCUCCGCACCCUCCUCGUCGAGGCCCCCCUCGUCCCUGCCCCCGAGCGGAGGGGUGCAGCCGUGGGCGAGCCUGGGGGCCGGCCCGCGGCUGGUCCGGGGGGGACGAGGGACCCCCGACGCGGCCUUCCUGAGGGACGAGCUGGCGGACGCGGCGGGGUCUCCCAGGGAGAUGACCCCCAGGGAGGCGGCGGCGGGGUUCAGGGGCACGCCGCCGCCGCUGCCCCCCACCUACCGGUCCUUCAUGUUCCCCGGACCGUACUCUGGCAGCGGCCCGUCGUCUCCAGCACGGCCUGCCACUCCUCACUCAGCAGGGAGUCCUGUACCCCCUCCUCCUCCCCCUCGCCCCUCCUCACGGCCAAAGUUGCCCCCCGGGAGGCCGAUGGCUGACCAGGUGCGGCCCUUCAGCCCCCCGGUGGCGCCCAGCCCCCCCCCCUUCGCCCCCCUGGCCCGGGCAGAGAGCUCCUCCUCCAUCUCCUCCGCCGCCUCCACCCCCACCCUGGGGAGGGAGCUGCUGCCCAACACAGAGCGCUGCCAGCCUCUGGUGUGGUUCGACAAUGGCAGGUUUUAUUUAGCCUUUGAAGGCUCGUCCAGGGGGCCCAGCCCGCUCUCAGUGGGGCUCCAGGACACUCUGCCGGUGGCCGCCGCCUUCACAGAGACCGUCAACGCCUACUUCAAGGGCGCCGACCCCAGCAAGUGUGUGGUGAAGAUCACCGGGGAGAUCGUUCUGUCGUUCCCGGCGGGCAUCACCAGGCACUUUGCCAGCCAGUCCACCCAGCCCAUCCUCUCCUUCAGCAUCAGUAACUACCACCGGCUGGAGCAGGUCCUGCCCAACCCACAGCUCCUCUGCUGUGAUUCAACGACAGACACUGUGGAGAGCAAGGAGUUCUGGGUAAACAUGCAGAACUUGAUGAGUCAUCUAAAGAGGGUGGCGGAACAGAAGCCCCAAGCAACAUACUACAACGUGGACAUGAUCAAGUACCAGGUGUCCUCUGAGGGGAUCCAGUCCACCCCCCUGAACCUGGCUCUGAGCUGGCGCGGCGACCCCGGCAGCACGGACCUGAGGAUCGACUACAAGUACAACGGCCUCGCCAUGGCGGCCCCCGCCCCGCUGCACAACAUCCACUUCCUGGUGCCGGUGGACGGUGGCGGCGCCAAGCUGCAGGCCAUGGUGCCCCCCGCCACCUGGAACCACGAGCAGCAGACCAUCCUGUGGAAGAUCCCCAGUCUGUCCCCCCGCUCAGAGAACGGAGGAGUAGGGGCUCUACUGGGCCGGUUCCAGUUGACUGGAGGUCCCAGUAAACCCUCCCAGCUGGCGGUCCAGUUCACCAGCGAGGGGAGCACGCUGUCGGGCUGUGACAUCCAGCUGGUGGGAUCGGGCUACAGGCUGUCCCUGGUCAAGAAGAGGUUCGCCGCAGGUAAAUAUCUGGCGGAUAACUAGUGGACGCAGUCUGGAAUAAAGCCAGGAGAACAGAUAACAGGUGGGACCGCGGAGAAGAGAGGCUGGCUGUUGUCAUCCCAUCUUCAGAGCACACGACUGCAGAUGCACCUGCCGAAUUGUGAACCUUUUCUUUUGCUUUUGUUCAGCCGCUGUGGAAUUACUUGAGUACAAUCAAACACGAUCGCACACACACAGACACAAACUGACACGCAAAUACAGAAACACUCACAGAUACACUCAAGAAAACAACAUAUAGAUAUGGUUUCAGGCGAGUACAAAUGGUCCUUAUAGCGGUACCAGUAACUGGUAUAUUAGUGAUGUUUUCAUUUGUUGGAGAUCAUUUGCGUCCCCAAAAUAUUGUUGAUGGAUUCAUACGGAGAUCCGGCCAUAAUUACCUUCAGCUUUAAGUUUAUUUAGCUGGUUGUCGGAUGACUUCAAUCAAUAGUAUCCUAAUCAUUCUAAAACAUCCUCAACCAUGAGCCUUAUUUUUCUCCCGGCCAUUGUGGUUCUCAAGCUAGCAGGAUGGGUGAGACUGCCCCCCCCCCUGCUAGCGCUUAGAACCCUAGAUGGAACCAAGAUGGCCGAUAGGUGAAUAGGGCUGUUGACAUCGGUGGCAGCUUGUGGCUACACAGAUACCUGCUAAUGAGGUGCAAUGAGAUCCAUGGCUAAUAGUUUAAACUGCCACUUCGGAUCUGAGUUAAUUCAUCUUCGGGACGUCAUCUUUCUCUUGCUACUUAAACAGGACAUUGAAUCGUUUAAUUUGUAUUUAUAUAUAGAACAAUAUCAUGAUCAGGGAUAGUCUUCAUCCAUCCUUUGCGCCCUCUAGAGGAGUUUACUCACUAAGUUUGUUUCCAUUAUUAAUUGAUAUUGUAUACGUCUAUAUGAAUUCAAUUAGAUUAAAUACAAUUAAACCACUGGCUAAAAAUAUGAGCAAAAAAGAUAUACAAUGACUGUAAUGGAAAGAAAAACUGAUAGAUCAACAUGAAAAUAAUCAUUGAGUGGCUGCUCUCAACAUGAAGCAGAUAAGCAGCAUAAUAAUAAUACCUUCCGUAAUAUUGACCCUCGGUAUGUGAAUCCCGACGUGCCCCUGGAAGGGCAACGCUUUGAAAGGAAGACCUUCUCCUCAGUUGUUGGGUUGUUUUAUUAUUUGUGAGUGGUGAUGAGUGACAGCUUAGUCCACGGACUUAAUGGAUCGGAGCUCCUGCCACGAGCUGGGAGAGGGAAGCCUCGGCAUUCAACAGGGCAGCCCUGUUCACGUCCCCUUGUCCUCCUUGUCUUGUUUUUCUUUCUGGUUUUUCCACCGUGUGGAGUAAAUAGUUGUUUUUAUCAUUUUCUAAUAGCAAUAUUUAAAUGUGUAAAAAAUGUACAUACGAUAAAAAAGCAGUAUGUUUAAAAAAAGUGAUCUCUUUGAACAUAUGGACGUGUCUUUGUGGUUGUCAGUUGAGUUUCAAUAUUAACCGUUCAUAAUGCAUCAAGUUUCCGUGACGACACAUGUUCCUGCACUUCACAUAGGCGUAUUAUUUUAGUGUGGAUUUCUUGUGAGAAAAAAAACUUAACGUACAAACAAGGUAAACCGCAAAUGUGACUUCCAAAUGAAAGUAAUAGUCCAAAUGUCACUGCAUGAAAUCUGCAUCAGACUGUUUGUCCGUACCAUGGUUAACAUUUCCUCCCUGGUCCAGUUCCAAAAAGUUCUCAUCCAUUUCCAAAUGGUCCUGACUUCCCUUCCAAAGUAUUCUGAUGCCAUUUCCAAAGGGUUCCGAUGCCAUUGCCGUAAUUUUCGAGUUCCACACUUAACUGCAGUCGAACCAGGAUUUGAAGGGGGAACUGCCCAUGAUCUGUAGCCCUACCCUCUUUGCACCUUCACAAACCAACUCUUUGCGCCAUUAUUUUGGCAUGCACUCAUUAAUAUAGCAUCUCAUGGUAUGUCUGCAGGUUGUUAGCCGUACAUGCUCUCUCCGUGUCUUUUUAAUUUAAUUCAGUCUUUGAAGUCAUGAAACACAAACUGUCACACAUCCUUUGUUACGAGGAAGUCAGAGAAUUGCCUGUUUCAGAAUAAAUGCAUUGGCUUGAGAAAAUAAAUGAGAGAAAUUUCAUUCUAGGAUGUUUAGAUGUAUGGAUUUGACUUCCAAUCUUUUUUUAAGCUCUACUAGUGUUUGCGAAAUAAUGGUUAAACGCAGUAGUUCAAAGAUUUCCUGUUAAUUAUUUAUUUUUUAUUUUACAUCUGCCAAUGUUUGACUUUAUUUUGGGAUUCUUUCUUGUAUGUAUUUUGAACUAAUGUACCCUGUGUUUAAUUCAGUGCAUAAUACACAGAAUAUGCAAACAUUUCAUGUAAAUUUCCCAUCCAAAGAUUUUGAGAGUAAAUAAAUAUAUGAAAAGUAAAUAUAUACCUGUUUCACUUGGUAAUAAAGAAGGAAAAUGUUGGUCA